UUAAAGUGCCCCAUAAUUCCAUGAAGCCCACAAAUGAGUCUGAAUCUGGACCACUUUGAAGCCUGGAACAUGCCAGACUGUUCCUGAUGUAACUGAAGUACAUCCUUCCAUGCAAUAGACUUGGCUGCAAGGGAAGGAGGGGAGAUUGGCCUCCACCAGAUGUCCCAGGGGAUCUGCCCUUCACUGGGGUUUGGGACCCUCCUCUCCAGAUCCCCCAUCUCCUAUGCAAUUACCCCAAUGGGAUGGCUUUUGCCCCAAAGGCAGCUCCUGAGUUUUAAGGUCAGGUGUGAAACAAGCUCCUUGGGCUGCUCUGGAGACGCAGGCAUCUUUGAGGAGGAGGUGAUGUGCUGUGCCUGGAGACCACUGCCACCCUGCCUCAGAAGAUGCCCCUCUAAGUGCACAUGGAAGUAAGUCCCUGCAUGCUGGGCAGGUCUCUCCCAGGGGGUUAGGGAAGCUUUAGGGUAUCUAAGUCACGCCCAAGAGCUUUACAGCAGGAAUGAGAGCUCCAGGCUGCGGCUGCAUGUGCAUGUGCGUGCAAAAAAAGAGCUUAAGACAGCUCUCCUGUUGGUGUAGCAGUAUCCAUACUAAUGGGCUGUUAUCUCAGAAAUUGCUUAUGUUUAUGCAAAAGAUGUUCUGUUACUGUGAGCUUGAGCAGAAACAAAUACAGUAUUGGAUGCAUUUGAACGGAAUGUUUGCUUGCAGAGCAGGCUGCUGCCCAGCACAGUCAGCGUGUGGGGCUGUGUGCUCACCUGGACGUGCAAAACGUGGCAGCUCUGGAAAAAAAACAACAACAACAACCAGAUGACAGGCUAACAGCACGUAACACAGCCCAGGCUUCCACUGCCCCAACUUCUCUGCAGCCCACAUGGCCCCUACGGCUUAGCCGAAACCCCGGUGCUCCCGCUGUGGGGUGGGGGCAGCAGGCAGACUGUGGGGACGGCAGCUGCACCUCAGCAGAGGUGGAGUAAACACUGUAUAUUAACCGGGGAUGGUUAGAACGACUUCUGUAUGUUAACUGUGAGUGUGGGAGCUAACAAAGUUGGGUGUGAGCUAUGGAUGUUUCAGGAUUGCUCCAGCUAUGCUGGAGCUGGCAUCUCCAAAGUGACCCCGGGGGCCCCAGCAGGCAAAUCCAAUGGUGGCAUUGCCUUGGAAAGGGAUGUUGGUGUUGUGUUUGCUGUAGUUUACCACAGACUGUGACCCUCAGGAUGCCAAGGUGCCCUGCAGCACACACCAGGGCAGAGUACUGCCCUGCUGGCACCCUGGGAUGCUGGCUUUAGUUUACUGGGUGAUGAGAGGGACCUGUUGCUGCUGUCCUGUCCACUUUGUCUCUGGGGUGGAAAAGUCCUCAGCAAGCAGAGCAGGAAGUUUCAUUUGCCUCGUCUGCAGAAAUCCACACAGUUUGCAUGGGUGCAGUGUUGCACCCACUGCCUGCUAUCCCUCUUCCCUGCAUCCCCAGGCCUGCCCUCUGGCACUGACAACCCCUUCAAGAUAACUGGUCUUUCAAGUUUGUUUCCAUUUCCUGGCCACCCAGACCCUAUCAGUGUUUUACCUGUCCAUUGAGAGGUGGCCACCCAAGGGUGCUUGUCAUGCUCAGCACUAGUCAAUGCUCUUGGGCACUAUGUGGUGCAGGAGUUCCACAUAUCUGCCAGAGGAAGAGGGUUUUUCAGGCUUUAGGUUCUGUGAAAAGGCAGGAGGAGGACAGUGAGGUGAGCAUCCCAUCCUGCUGCCUUGAGAGCAGCACUGAGCUCCAGUGCUGGAGAUGGGACCCUGGUCCUGCAGCACCAGCCCAUGCUCUUCCCCCAGCACCUCCUGCUCUGAGGGGUGCACAUGGGCAGGUGUGUGCACCCAAAGCCCUUGCUCCUCCCCACAGUCCCAUACGCUGCAAGACUUCUCUGCUCUUCAUCCCAUUGUUCUGCAAGGCUGAGGGGCACAUUUCCAAUGUGGCCAUUAGUACAUCAGGCUUAGGCGUUUUCACACCAGGAAGCAGAUGGCCCUGGGGAAGCUCAGGCUGCCCACGCCAGUCAGGGCAAAGGGGUUAUGCCCACAUGAAAUCCAUGCAGGCCUCUUCCACUGGGACACAUGGCCUUGGCCUCCUGCAGCUUAAUCCAGAGGAAAACAGUCACGCAGGGCUUAAGGUCCUUUAAAUGGUGCUUCUCAAGCACGUGGCACUGGAGGGCUGCCCUGCCUUGGGAAGCUGCAUGGAGGCAGAGGUAAAAUGUGUGUCUCAAGGAGAUCCAUACACACCUCCAGCUUCCAAAGGAGAGAACUGCAGCUCCAGAGCUGGCUAUCCUCCACCUCUGCUGCCUCUCUACAGCUUUUAAAUACUUCUUCUUUCCCCCUGGACACUAGUGUCUGUGUCCAGGGCAGCCUGCAAAGUGCAGGGGAGUGCCGACUCUUCAGAAACCCUGGCUGACAUCUGCAACGAGGGGUGUGGAGUGGACCUGCAGGCAGCUGGGAGAUGCCGGAUUAGUCUGCGGUCAGACAGACUAAACCAACACCACUAGCAAGAUAAACAUCUUGCUGGCCCUGCCCAGCCACCUUUUGUGUUAGGGAGGCUUCCCCACCUCCCCUGUCUCCCCCCACCAGUGUUUCAUCAUGGAGCCACCACCAGUGGCGCAUAAAUAGAGCCCCGGCAGGCUGUGGGGCCAAAGAAGACCUCAGACACCACCCAGGAUCCUGCACUGCACCCCAGCACCCGUACCACCUGGCCUGGCCACACUGCAGAACGAUGGCUCUCGCUGACGCCCUUUGCCUGUUGCUCGCCUGCCUCCUGCUCCACGCCGCUGCCCCGAAACCCACUUGUGACCCCAGUGCCUGCAUCCCGUGCACCGAGAGGGACACGGAGGUGCCGGCCACCGCCACUGCUGGGGUCUGCUGCCCGCCCUGCCCCUCGCCCUGCGCCUGCCCCCCCUACCUGGAGAGUGACUGUGAGAUGCAAGGCUUCCCCAGCGGCCUCGUCCCUGCCGGCACCUCCUUCUACAUCGACUUUGCCCGCAAGCUGUGCACCUGCCGCCCCGAGGGGGACAUCGCCUGCACCCCGCUCUGCCCGCCUCUGCCCCCCACCUGCCAGGCCGUGGGCAGCCCCGUGGCUGACGGCUGCCCCCGCUGCGUCUGCUACAACGAGGAAGAAAUGGCGGUGCCUGCUGGCACCGUCACCACCCGGGGCACCCAGGUUUGCACCUGUCCCCCCCAGGGGGGUCAGCUGCAGUGCAGUGACAAGAAGAGGCAGGAGUGAACCUCUCCUCUCUGCCAGCCAAGGGCAGGAGGACAGGGGGGGGCUGUCUGGCAGCAGAAGGCUUUCUGCAACUUGGGGCAUCCUCACCCGAAGGUGUUAAAUGCUUCAAACUAUCCUAGAGGACUUGGCCCAUUGCAUGUCAUUUAUAAGCCAGGGCAAAGUGUCUCCAGCAGGUGAGCUUUCUUUGUUGCAAGGUUUGUUCCAUGGCAGUGGGCUGUGAGAGCUUAGAUUGCUGCUAGCAUGUAAUUGGAACAAAUGCAGUUAUUUAUUUAUUUGUAAGACAAUGGUGCUUUUGUAUUUGUUUGUGUUAACACAGUGUGCAGAUAGCACAGCCCUAAGUCAACUCACCGGAUAAACUUCCUCCCAGAAUCUGGGUUUUCGCUUACUGUAAUUCCAUCAGUUUCUAAAGUGGUGGGACCAAAACCAGAAGGUUGGCUGACAUUCCCCUCCUCAGGCUUUUUUUUGAAGUUUGGAGGAGUAGCUGGGUUGUCACAUGUCAGUGUUCUUAGGAGGAGGCAGCUCCAACCUCUGCCUCCAUCCUCUGGAGCAAAGCCAUAGGGGAUGUUGGCAGUCAAGGGUCAAUCCUUCACAGCCACCUUGAUGAAGCAGUUUACCCAGGGCUGACCCCAUUGUCAGUCCCUGCUGUGUCCUGGUUCAGCAGGAAUACCCCAAAUUAUAUGUCAAUGACUGUGUCCCCCUCACCCUUGCUCUCCCCUUACUACUGCUGGAGACAUGGCAUGCGGCAGAACUGCAUCUUCUGAAUGCUUUGACGUAUAUAAAUACAUACAUACGUACAUACACACACACACACAGGUAUGUACAGAGAGACUGUAAUAAAAAAAAACCAGCUUUAUCAGGUUUAGAAGUUAACAAGUGUUAAUUAUGUGCCUUGAAGGCAUCGAA